AUGGCUAUUCCAAGGCAGAAAGUGGUUGUUGUGGGUGCUGGCCCAGUAGGAGCCUUGGCAGCACUAUAUGCUGCAUCAAGAGGUGACGAGGUGGAAGUAUAUGAGCUCCGUGGAGUUGUGAUUCAUUGCGAAUUCUUCCGAACUGACGCCAAUAAUCCCUGCGCAUCCGUAGAUCUCCGAGACCCUACGACUGUGCCAUUGAACUUUACCAAGUCUAUCAACUUGGCGCUCUCCGAACGUGGAAUUACGUCCAUGAGAAACUCUGGUCGGGAUGAUUUGAUCGGCAAUGUUCUCCGUGGAGCGAUCCCUAUGCACGGGCGGAUGAUCCACGGGCGAGACCGAGGAGGUCUGUGGGAAGCUGCACAGGCCUAUGAUGUUCACGGCCGGGCUAUCAAUGCCAUCGACCGAGGAACUCUCAACAAUGCCCUCCUUGAUGAGUUGGAGAAAACCCCCAAUGUCAAGCUAUUUUUCAACCACAAGCUCACGGGUGCUGACUUUCGGACCAACAAAGCCUGGUUUGAGCGCAGAAUCCCCGGUGAGACACCCACGGCCGACGAUGCCGGUGUAGCUGGUCGAGUACCAGAGAUCGAGGUGUCCUUCGACUACCUUGUCGGUGCCGAUGGAGCACACUCCGCCGCGCGCUUCCACCUGAUGAAGUUCGCUCGUGUCGAUUAUCAGCAAGAGUACAUCGACACUCUCUGGUGCGAGUUCCGGAUUCCACCCUCGGAAGAUGGAGACUUCCGCAUUUCGCCAAACCACCUCCAUAUCUGGCCUGGGCGCGAGUUCAUGUUCAUAGCGCUACCUUCAGCCGACAAGUCAUUCACGUGCACCUUAUUCGCACCAUUCUCGAACUACAACAAACUCGAGACCUCGCCACAGGAUCUGCAUGAAUUCUUCAACUCCUAUUUCCCCGGCGUAUGCCCAGAGCUAAUCGAGCCCGCGGCGUUGAGUGAGCAGUUUGCAGCGAACCCGCAUCUCCCACUGAUCAGCAUCAAAUGCAAACCUCACCAUUUCAACGCCAGUGUCGUCAUUAUCGGCGACGCAGCGCACGCAGUCCUACCCUUCUACGGACAGGGACUGAAUGCCGGUCUCGAAGAUGUCCGUGUCCUCUUCGAGGAACUGGACAAACAUGGAGUCUAUGACCCCAACUCUAGCGUCUACACACGCGGUCUCAAGCGCCAGGCAGCCUUCCAAGCCUACACAGACCAGCGCUGUGCUGAUACGCAUGCAAUCAACGAUCUAUCGAAGGAUAACUAUCUCGAAAUGCGCGCCGGCGUCAAAUCGCCGCUCUACAAGCUGCGCAAGACCAUCGAAGAAACUAUCGAUCGCCAUUUCCCGUUCCUUGGCUGGAAAACGCAGUAUGCCCGUGUCAGCUUCAGUAACCAGCGCUACUCCGAGGUAGUUGAAGCUGUUCAAAACCAGAGCCAAGUGCUUGGUCUUGGUUUGAGCGGGGCUUUGGUUGCCAGUGUUGGAGCUGUGUCCAUCUUGAUGUGGAAGUACCCUCAGUAUCUCUCACCGGUGGGAUUGGUUCGGUGCUCACGGCAUCUGGCUUGUGUCGGGUUGAGGACCAUUCGAAAAUAUCUUCAUAUUUAA